UUGUAAUUAUGAUUUGUUUUCUAGCCCUACCGCACGACUCCUUUGGUCUUGCCAGGUGCUAAGGUCAAGAAGGAUGCCCCUCUCGGCGAAUGCUACCUGCGACAUCAUCCAAAUCCGAUGAUUAGGGCGGCGCCCCAUCAUUACGAGCCGGCUCACCCUGAAGUCGCUAUGAAGCAAAAGGUGGCGGAAACGGUACUUCAGCGUGUCAACGGACCGAAUGAAGUUCCAAAGAUUGUCCAUAAGCAAUUCAACUCGCCGAUUGGGCUUUAUUCGGAACAAAACAUUGCGGACACCAUCAAGUGCCAAGCGUCUGUCGUACCUCUGAAGAAGCCGAUGAAGUACGAUCCGAGUAAGAGCGAGGCGUACAAGGCUCUGCAGGAGGAGGAACUCGGGGACCAGGUGCAGGAGGUCAGGCAACCAGUUCGCACCGGCGUCUUCACGCCCCAGAAAUCGAACAAGAUAUACCAGUCUCCACCGAAAAGUCCUGCAUACGGUGGAUAUAGACGUCCCUUUCCCCUCCCUUUUGUUAAGGAUCUCAUCAACGACUAUUAAAAUUUUUGCAGAAACUUAUAAACGUGCUCGACGACGAAGGCGAGAAGAUUCAUCAAAGUAAUAGCUUCAAGAGGAUCAUGUACAGUGUGCUGGGACAGACCGAUUAUUAAAAGCCGAACUGACGCUAUAAAUGUACUACCAUUUAUUUAUGUUAAAUAAAUCCAUAUUUUAUUUAUUGUACUACGCAAUAAACGAAUUACGCGUGAGA